AUGGUUUAUCAUAGUAAAGGAGCUGGACUAGGCGUCUUGCUAGAAUCUCCACAAGGAGAAGUUAUCCCGACGUUGAAGAGGUUACAGUUUGAAGUCACUAAUAACAUGGCAGAAUUCGAAGCCUACCUAUUUAGGUUGGAAGCUUUGAUUGCAGUUAAAGCUGAAGAAGUUGAGGUUGUUGGUGAUUCAAAACUAGUCAUUGAGCAUGCUAACGGCAAUUGGGAAGUUAAAGAGGACAGGCUGAAGCCAUAUAUUGACCAUCUGCACGUUGUUGUUCAAAACUUUAAGAAGGUAACCUUCACACAUACAAGCAGAGUAAACAACAGAGUACCAGAUGGCUUGGCUAACUUAGCAUCAGAUUGGGAAGAGAUUUCAGUAAUGUCUAAGAAACCAUUUAUGAUGUCUUCAGGUAGCAUCCCGUGUUAUAAAGGCAAAAAGAUUAUGGAUAUUGAGGAGGAAGAGAAGCCAUGGUUUUAUGAUGUCCUACAUUGGAUGAGUAAAAGGGUAUACCCAGAUUCAGCUACUAGAUAUGACAGAAGAGUUAUAUAG